AUGUCUAAUCGUUCCUCUUCUUUUGCAAGACAAUUACCAAUUGGAGCGAAAUGCUUUGUUACGAUGUCAAGCUCAGCCUUCAUCCCAUUCUGGUUGUGCGACAGACCUCGAGAUACAUUCCUAUCCUACGUCCCAAAAGAUGAUCUCCUUUCCCUUCGUCUGGCCUGCUAUGACUUCAGCGUACGUGCUGCACCACACCUUUUCAAAGAGAUCGCUGUCACCUUUCGGGAGAAGAUCUUCACCAAGCCAGUGCGCAUGGCAGCAUUGAGCCGGAUAGGCCAACAUGUUCAGACCCUGAAGUUCACCAUCCCUCACAGCGGCAAGACGUUCCUCCCUCCUUUAGUGGAUACCAGCGGUAUCGAAGUUGCUUUCAUCUACGAACCUUAUAUCGGUUCUGCUAAAGACCCUGUCACCCGCCACAGCAUACCCACCUACGGGAGCUGGGAGAUGAAUGAUCUGCUCGUCAAGCAGUAUCCGCCCUUGUUUCAUGACGCUGCCAAAGUUCCGGCUUUCAUUCAAGCCUUCUCAGCGAUGCCAAACCUGAGACAUCUGGAAAUUUCGUGUCCAGGGCAGCCGUCGGAAGAGCGACAGCGUCGCAGUGUCGUUGACUACGCCUUGAUCUCGCUGCGUAUUGCCGUCGAGCGAAGCAACCUUUCACGUCUUCGUACCCUUUCUCUCUCGCCAAUUCAUCCAGGCGCUGUGCAAUAUCUCAAUCCAUCGUUGGGGUUUGGUGUAACUCCACGCUCCACCAAAUGCUGGAGGCAGAUCCGCCAGCUCGAUAUACACAUGGACACUAUUGAGUCGGGAUCCCCAGUAGAUCAUUUGAAGUUUCUACACUCAUAUCUCCAGAAUUUCGCUCCAUUUCUCACGGAAUUCAAUUUCCGCUGGCAAGGAGCGUCCGGAACCAAAGGUCCGAGCCCUGUAUCGCUUGCCACUGAGAGUUGCGUACAAGCAACCAGUUGCAGCCAUGAGUGUCAUGAGAGAUGUGGACUCCCACUCCCCUGUCUGCGCUUUGAAAAGCUUCGCGACACAGAAAUAAUGAACAUCUUGUCCGAUUCUCCUCAAAUAAAAGGAUUUAUUCGCAAACAUCGGCGCACGUUAGAAUCGCUCAAGUUGAACGGCGUCGAAUUCCGCCUCGGUGACUGGGACGACGCACUCUCUCCACUCACAGAGAUUAGCGGUAGUGAGAAGUGGAAGGAGACUGCAGAAGAGGUCAUGGAUGUGCCGCUGAUGCUGAGUCCCGCAAUUUUUGAGCAAGAGCAACGCAUCAGAGACUGGAAAGAUCAUGUAAAAAGCAGGACUAGCAGCUCAAAGCCAUUACAAGGGGCAUUGCAUAGAGCGAGUGCAAAGGGAAAGGAGCUCUUGUUCGGGACAGAGGAACAUAUGCGCAGGUUGCUGAGCGGCUCUAUCUUGAGCUGGCUGUGA